UGUCCUUUGGAAGGGAUGAGAGACGGUGGCCGAGAGGCUCACAUCAAAAUGGCCGCAUUUUAGUCUACAGACGAUUUUUCUUUACUGUUUGCCAAUAGCCGCGUAAAGGGCCUGGCAGUGUUUCUUAAAGUGGCAAAUCUGUUUCGCUGGAAAUUUCGCCGUUGAAUAACUUGAAAAUUUUCGUGAAAUAGAAUAAACUUCGGUUUUGCAUAAUAUUUUACAUGAUGUUACGCCAUCAACAUCAUACAAUGCAAAACCAACUUCGAGAUCAUAACAGAAUGGGUGGUCCGAUGCGUCCCAUGCAGCAGGCAAAUAUGGCCCCUUUACAUCAGCCGCAGCAUCCGUUAUCGCAUCGGAAUCCACAUCAACCAAUACUGUCCAUGCCCCCCCAUCAACAACAUAUUCAUCAUAUGCAGCACCCUGGACCUCCUCAUGGAAAUCCACGGCAACCAAUGUUGAUGGGCAUGAAUGCGCAUAAUGUGAAUGGUACUAUGGUUAGCGUUAGUUUAAAAGAUCAAGCAAAUACUGUCUCUGUGACUCUACAGAAUCCAAACGUUCAGCCACCACAGUAUCAACUGCAGCAGAAUAAUCAACCAACUCCUCCACCACCACAACAACAUGUUCAUCAAUCGCAAAGUAUAGAACCGAAUAAACCACCAGCAAAUGAUACUAACAAUGGAGAGUCCAGAGAUCAGAAUUCACCUACACAGAAUCACGUUAAUGUGACUGAUUCAGCUUUGGCAAACAUGAAAGAAAAAACACCAAUGUGCUUAUUAAAUGAGUUAGCACGUUUUAAUAAAAUUCAGCAUCAAUAUAGGUUGACUAAUGAACAAGGACCAGCGCACAAGAAACGAUUUACGGUAACAUUGAAGCUAGGACAGGAAGAGUACGUUGCUGAAGGUCCUAGUAUAAAGAAGGCUCAACAUAGUGCUGCGACCGAAGCGCUAACAAAAACAUGGUAUCGAAGGCCUUUACCGAAACCUAGGAAAGCAAUGAGGGUUGGCCAUCCAGGGAAAUGUUUCAGUGGUUCUGGAAAUCUACCGCCAACCGUUGAAUUAAAUGCUUUGGCUAUGAAAAGAGGGGAACCUACUGUUUAUAGUUUUCUAUUGGCUCCAGUACCAGGGUCACAGCCAUAUCUUGCACAUAAUUUAGGGCAUCUUCCUCGAAUAUUUAAUCCACGUUUUCCUACAUACAAUCGUGGUUUUCAUGCUGAGCCUCAAUUGUAUAUUGUAUCAUUAAAGGUAGGAGAACGUGAAUUUAUUGGUAGAGGAAUAACAGGCCAGGCAGCACGACACAAUGCAGCAAGUAAAGCUUUAGAGCAAUUGCGUCAAUUGCCAAUACCGGAAGAAGUAGCGAAUACUUGUACCACCGGUGAGAACGGUACAUUAGGUGAAACUAAGGAUCCGAUUGCUGAAUUGAAAAGCCCUGUUUCAUUGGUCUAUGAGAAAGCAUUGAAACAUGGUUUACCCGUUAGUUUUGAAGUUGUAUCAGAAAUCGGUAAACCUCAUAUACGGACAUUCAGAACAAAAUGUACUGUUGGAGAUAAAGUUACGUUCGGAGAAGGACCUUCAAAGAAAGUAUCUAAAAGACACGCGGCAGAGUUCAUGCUUGAAGAGCUAAGUCGUCUGCCUCCAUUGCCCGAAACUAUUCAAAAUCGUCCAAGGCGAAUGAAACGUAAACCGCCAGCAACGAAAAAAAAGUCACGAAAUCUGAUAAAAGAUUAUCAGGAACCACGAUCUGAAGCCGAGGGUACUGAAGAAGUUAAUCCAGUUUCUCGAUUGGUUCAGAUACAGCAAGCUAAGCGAGAAAAAGAACCUGUUUAUAAUUUGAUCGAAGAAAAAGGUGCAUCAAGACGAAGGGAAUUCGUUAUUGAAGUAACUAUGGGACAACAUUCCGCACAAGGAAUAGGUCCUAACAAGAAGUUAGCUAAAAGAGCCGCAGCAGAGGCUCUUCUAACUCAAUUAGGUUACAGCAAACCACAACCGCAACCCACAAAGCCAUCGAUUAAAACAGGAGAAAGCGAAAAUACCGAACAGAAACCUAGGAAAGUCACUUUCUUAGAAGAUGAACAAAUCAAUGAAACUCAAUCUCAUCAACCAGUGGGAGGAACAAUUGGACGUCAGUUAGUACCUGGACUAUUAUUAGUGGAUGGAGGUCAGGAAUCUAAAUUAGGCAGUGGACCUAGUGUACAGAUUGUUGCUGAAGAACUGCGAGGACAACAGCAACAAAAUCCAGCCACUGUUUCUCCCAAAGAUCAAUUGAAAUAUCUCUCUCAAUUAUUUAACUUCAGCGUGGAAUUCAAUGAUUUUCCUAAGGGAGCAGUAAAUAAGGAAUAUCUGUCGCUUGUAACAUUAAGUACAGAUCCUCCACAAGUGUGUCAUGGUAAUGGACCGACAAGAACUGCAAGCCGUAAUCAAGCUGCGUUGAAAGCUUUGCGUACAUUAAGUAAGCUGGGUCUCGAUAAUGGAUCCAAUUCACAACCGAAAAAGGAUAAAGGUGCGUCUGGAGAUGGCAUACACAUUAGCAUUCAAGUUAAAAACAAUAUAAUGGAUGGAACUAUUGAUAAUUGUUGAAUGAACUAUUCGGAGGGAAAAUGACUCUUCUCAAUCUAUCUCUCUGGGCCUUAUUACACGGUAACUUCAAACAUUGAAUCAUCGAUGACUCUCGGUCUUCGUACGUUACGCCAUUGCUUCUUUAACAUAAUGGAUCGCGAAUUUUGCAGAUCAGUAGCUUUUUAUGAAGAAUCAGUCUUUUGCAGUGCCUUAAUUGCACGAAGAAAAUGCUCAAGCACCAAUAAAGAUGGAUCACUGAUAAACGUUCAGAAAUAUUUUUCUUCCCUUUUUUUACAAGAAAUAAUCGAUUGCAGUAAUCCUUGGAAGUAGAAUGUCUGUGACGAUUAGAAGUGUGGUAAAAAAACGUAAGUUUCGCUUAUAUAAUUUAAUUUAGUUUUUUGCGCUUGGAAAUAUAGUAUUGUUGAAACGAGAAAAAUUAUUGGUGCUUGAUCAGAAUUGUGAUCCUAACAGUGAUCAUCGAUUCUAUUUAUUAUAACAGUUUCAUUGAUAGGAUCACGAUCAAUGAACGUAAAUUGUUUCAAUUUCGUAAUUGAAAUGAUCAUUUUCCAAAUAUCGUGGUUUAUGAUCAUGAAAACAUCGUAGAAACAACAUUAAGUGAGAAUAUUGAAAUCUGAGAUGAAAUGCGGCCAUCUCUUAAUUUCUCUAUUUAAUCCUUGGCUUUCUCAUUUCUUGCGAAUAGAAUGUCUGUUAUAUCUUAUUACCUAAUACGAGCACGCACCGAUCAGCGAAAUAAUUCAUGGAUCUAAGAAUGACUUAAACGUGAGUCAUCUUAUCGUGUACCAGAAUAUUUCGUCGUUUUAAACUUUCAAUGAUGAUUGUGUUAAAAUUGUGUAUAACAAUUGAUACAAAAAAUGCGCAUCUCUUCAAAACAAGAGCUAGAAGUUUCAGAGAGUUACGUGUAUUAAGCGUCUUCAACUGAGUAAUUAAUUGUUUAUAAUUUGUAACAAAGAUAUAAACAGGUCAAUACUUUUGACCUUUAUCUCUUUGUUCAUUGAUAAUGCUAUAAUCUUAAUUGAAAUAUUAAGAGUAAAUAAGUGACAAAACAUGCGAUAAAAAUUUAGAAACUGGUUGGAGACUCUUUGAACGUAAUCAAUUAUAGAUUAACAAAUUUCUGUUUUCAAAUUUGUAACAUUGAAAAAAGGUAACGUGAUACGUUCAUAUUACUGCCCCAAUUUGCUUUUCUACGGGGCCUAGAAGCACUCUGGGGUCAUAUUCGUGUUUUACAAGGUAUUGAGAAGUAAAGGACAUUCAAAUUUUCAUACAUCCGUUAUCCAGAAGAGAGAGAAAAAAAGAAAAAAAAAAGAAAAAACUUACAGAUAAUAUGGAUGUAUUGGAAAUUGUAGUCAAGGCGGUAAUAAUUCAAAAUUUGUCCCGUUGCGACACGAUUAUUAAGAAGGCACAAUUUGAUUUUAUCCUAAUCAAGAAAACGAUAAAACAACGUUGUCGAAUUUUGUCUUAUUGCCGACAAUUUAUAACGAUACUAAGAUAAUGCUGGAGAAAAGAGGAGUAUCCGAUAAUGAAUGAAGAUAAUGUUAAGAGAUAGAUUUCGUUUCAUCUUCGCUUAAAAACAAGGAAGAAUACGAUAUCGUAUUUCUUUAAAAAAAAGGCUUAUCUUACAUUCAUUAUCCUCAUUACAUUAUUCAAUAGGAUUUUUUGAAUGUUAACGAACCGUAAAAAAACGUAUACAAACGAUUGUUAAAUUUCAGUAAUAUAUAAUCAUAGAGAUAUAAGAAUUGAAUGUGUGAACGGGCUGAAAAAGUGAUACAUAUAGGAGUAGAAAAAGAACGCUGUUUAUGGAUUUCUUUUGUGUCUUCGUCACAUAAUGAUGCUCAUUGCGUUACAUUGUGCAAUUCAAAGUUAAAUUUAUUAUUUAUGUAAUUCACGUUUCAUUAAACUGUGGAGCGUUUCUACUCUGUAGAGAUUCGUAAUCGUCGCCAAUGAACGAGUGUGCAUGUGUAAUUAAACAGGAACAUAAGAAGACCACACACAGUGUCCCUUUUCUAGCAUAUGAUUCGCACAUUCUGUUCUUAUAUUUCUAUGUGUAUAUGAUUGAUUGCUUACCCCACAAUCUGUAAAGAAAGAGAAGGAUUGCCUGUAUUAUUAUAAAUACUUUUUUUCUUUCAGAUAACCUUUCGUAACGCGAUACCUUCCGAAAUAAUUUAUAGGUUGCUCGAGGACGAGUUAAUGAAUGUUCCUUUUUCUGAGAUAUCGCUUCAUAGGUGGGCCUUCCUUCUUCACGUGGGAUUCACUGUUCCGAAUAAAAGAAAUAAAUGGAAAAAAUACUAACGACAGCAUGUUUCUCAUAGUUUGUUUAUUUUUUAUUUUUUAUUUUAUUUUCAAUAAAAUGAAACAUGAAUCCUACGAAGAUGUAACCCUGUUGCAGGACCUAUUUUAUCCGCGUAAACUGUAAUACAAUAGUUAGUCGUAACAAUAAGUGAAUAAAGUAUUAAUUACUAAGAUGUGUGAGAUGGAAGUAUCUCGAAGGAAUAUGGAAAUAAAUGUGAUUCCGAGAGAUAACAAAUAAUAAAAGAAGAGGUCAUGUUCUAAA